AUGGCUCGUGUCGUGAAACCACGAGGUUCCGUCUGGAACCCCCGGGCCGUGACUGCUCCCAUCGCUGCAAUUGUCAUGGCAGGGCUCCUAUAUACCUACUCAGUCACCUCGAUUAGGGCGGCGAAACGAAAUGCUCAGCUACACAGAGAAGCGGACGGUGGACAGUUGGACAUGCGCAAGGAAAGUUUGCGCAGACAUGGUGUCCUCGAUCCGGUACGAGGCACUACGGGCAUUGAGCUCUUCAAGAGCGCUCGACCCGAGUCAAAGGAGGAGUCAAAAUUCUUGACCGACAAAAAAGCCAGACCAUUGGGCACAGAAAGAGAGGAUGAGAAUACUAUGCCGCGCACACAAAACGAAAGCAUUCUCGAGGGCUACAGAGGCACAGCAGGUCUCCAGAAAUUCAAAGACGGACGUUCACAAGACUAG